AUGUUGAGUCGAGAAGAAAACAACAGGAGCGAGAAGCGGACGCCUAUUGCUUCGAAAGGUCCACACACCAUUGACGUUCCCGAUGGACUUGAAAGCAAUUCAUUUUUUGACUCAGGCGACGGCGCCCCCUCCAGAAAGCGGCGAUUACCCCCGCUGCUAGACCACUUCAACGCUCGCGAUCUCAAAGAACUGCUCAAAUGCUCCAUAGCGGUAUGGAUCAUCACCUUGUUCAUCGUGAUCGAUCCCGUCCUCCGAGCAGAGGGGCAGGCAAUGUUCUUUGGCUGCAUCGUUCUUUUCAUCGCUCCUCCCUCGGGCAUUGUCUUCUUCCAGCUACUCGUGGGUGCCACCAUUUUGAUUGGUAUGGGCCUUGCCUGGGGCUGGGGGGUCAUCACCAUGAAAGCCGCUCUUGCUGCGCGGCCACAAGCAGAAACCAAUGCUCGCUUGAUUGAGCUCCAACAAGCAUCGACGCAGAAUGUGACAAACGUAGGGCAAUUGUCCGGUCAGACUACAUAUACGCAGGUUUUGAUAUUCGAGGGAUUCAUGCUCGAUGCAAGGGUCACCGCUGUCUAUUACUGCAUGAUCUGUCUUUUCAUUUACACUUUGGCACGUCUCCGGGUGGCGAACCCCAAAAUGGUCGCUGUCCAGAUAUUCGGCACGAUUAUCAGCGACAUUUUCCUCACAAGUGGUCCCUUGCUACCGUCAUUCACGGGAAGCAUUCCCAUCACACUUAUCAAGCCCGCGGCUACGGCCGUUGGGGUUGGUGUCCUCUGCAAUAUCAUGUUCUUCCCAGAGUCGACCUCGCACAUUGUGCUGUACAAUAUCAAGCAGAUCCUCUCCCCAAUGGUUGAAUUCGUCGACGCCUGCAGGCUGAGUCUCGACAAUAACGCACGCCCAAUGAGCUUGGAAAAACUGAGAAAGGCCAAGGCUCAAGGCAUCGCAAGCUUCAAGGCUCUGGAAGGCCGGUUGAGCUUCCUUCCACUCGACGUCUCGGUCUGUCGCUGGAACACACAGGACAUCGGCCUUCUCAAGAAGCCCCUUCGAUUCGCGUUCAUCACCUGGGUUGGCCUGAUAGAGGCACAGAUCAGCCGAACCGAAUCCAGAGCGCGCAUGGCCAAGCUGAUUGAAAGACAUGAAGCACGCAAGCAGGGCCAGGCGCCCGUAGAAGACCAGCCCAAAUUCGGCCGACAUCAAAUCGCCCAACAACUCCACCUUGCCCAAUUAUUUCGCAACGUCGAAACCGAAGACCUCAUCACGAAAACCAUGGGGGCUCUGCAAGAGUCGGCAAACCCUCUGCUCAACACAUGCAACAUCGCCAUCCGCGCAAUAGUCGAGACCUUGGAUGUCGUCAACGAGAAAAAAUGGACCGGCCGCCCAUCGCCCGAGACACUCAAUGCAAUGCAUCAGCAGCACGAACGUAUCCUCGCCGAUUUACGCAAGGAAUGCGAGAAUUUCAUAGCCACCACCACGCCACGUAUCCUCGACCAUCACACACAUCUAUUUGACGCGAAUGGUAACCUCGAUCCACCACCAAGUCUCGGUGCAGUCCCAUUGCGAGGCGUGAUAUUAGGCCUUAUUUUCGAAGAACGCAUUGUGAGUUUCGCUCGCUCGCUCACACAGCUGCUGGCGCAGAUCGUGACGUUGGAGGGAGAGCGCAAGAAGCAGAGACUCUGGCUUCCUGCUGGGCUAAGACAUUUCGGAUCGUGGGUUUCAGGCCGCGAGCCGGCGCCCCAGGUCACGCCCGUGAUGCCUGAACUGGAGCAGGAGCGGGAGGAGAAAGAGAACAAGAAGUCCAAACGUCGUCGUCGCCAUCGCCGCCGUAAGCGUGGCGAUGCAGCAGCUGGUGAAGAGGAGGACGACGAUCUCGAACCCAAGAUACCCAAAGCAUCUGAGCAGCUGGCCGCCAUCCAUCUGCAUCGCGGCAAGGCGCGACAUCCGUUCGGACGCUUUGUGCUGGUAACGACGCGUUGGAUCACGAGCACGGCCGGCAUGUUUGGGAUACGAGUCGUUAUCGCAACCAUCGCUGUUGGGAUUCCCGCCGCUAUCCCCUCUAGUGCCGGCUUUUACUACCGUGAGAAGGGUCUAUGGGCGUUGAUCAUGGCGCAGAUAGGUCUUGUGCCUUACGCUGCCGACUUUACGUGGGGUCUUUUACUCCGCGUUGGCGGUACUGUCAUUGGAGGCAUUCUUGGAAUGGCCGCUUGGUACAUUGGUGCUGGCAACGGACCUGGGAAUCACUACGGCAUUGCUGCUAUUAUGGUGCCCUUGGUCCUUGCCCUCAUGUGGCUCAGGUUAUUUGGCCCGCCGGCACUCUUGCAAGCUUUCAUGCUCACAGCAGCAACUGUCUACCUGACUGUUGCGUACAGCUGGGUGGACACACACAUUCCCUCGUACGGCAAUCCAGGAGUGGGAUAUUCCGUCUUCUGGAGGCGUGUGGUCCUAGUCCUGGUCGGCUUCACGGCAUCUGCGAUUGUGACCUAUUUCCCCCGCCCACCAUCUGCGGGUCGACACUACAGGCGGGUUCUUUCACGCACGCUUUCAAGCUUCCAAGAUCGGUACGCGCUGCUUGUUACGCGUGCCAUGAACGUCGAACACAGCCAGUACGAGGAGGAACAAAUUCAAGCCCAACCCCCCAAGCCAAGAUCAGACCUCAUGACCGCAUUGGAGAAAACUACGAUCGAGACUGCCGACCUGCUGUCCUCCAUCCUCGGGCCGAUCCAGCUGCUCAAAUUCGAGCUCUCAUCCACCGACUUCACGGCUGCCGGCCUCUGGAAAAUCACAUCUCUCGCGACCAACAUCAACUUUGACCUAUUUCAGUUAUUCUACUACAGCUUGCAACUUCCGCCCGCCUUCAAGAGACGCUUUUUUCUCCUCAGCGGCGUGUUUCAAGAACAGUUUGUCGGAGAUCUCAUGGGUGUGCUGAGCCUGCUGUCACACAGUCUUGAGACAGGGAGUGCGCUCCCGCAUGUACUGCCUGCACCGCUGACGGUGAGGGCGUUUCGUGAUCGUGUGGGUGGUGUCCUGUAUGGGGCUGGCGAAGGCGUCAGAUGGAAGAGAAACGCAGGCCCUACGGUCGACAAAGCUGGUGCUGAUAUCAACUAUGAGACCGAGAGCAAAGGAGAACAACAACAACAACAGCAGCAGCAGCAGCAUACGGACCACAUCAACAGCCUGCUCGGCCCCAUCACCUGGCAAAUGCUUGAGGCAAACGAGGACGGGUUUCGGAAAUACUGCGUCAUGUUGUCCGCGGUGGUGGGCCUGCUGAAUGCGAUUGACGACAUGGUUCUCGUGGUCAAAGAGGAGCUGGGCGAGUCUCACCUCGUGGAUAUUGAGGGGUGGACUGGUGGGUUGGGCGUGCUCAGACCCGGGAGAGAUGUCUUCAAGGUCGCGGAUGGUGAGGACGGUGCUGGGGCCGGGAAUGCAGAGGUUGAUGUCAAGGUACAGAGAGCCGAUGUGGCCAGUGGAAAUCGGAGCCAGGGGUGA